AAGACUAAUUGAAAAAUGCACAUAAACAGAUCCGCAACUAAAUCAAAAGCUGAACACUUUCUCAUCGUCGCUCCUUAAGAAAUAUAUAAAAAAGCAAUUAAUGAGAAAUAGAUAAACGAGACGACAUGGCCAAAAUCUUGCUUUCCUUCUCUUUCGUCUUUCUAUUUCUUGUUUCCCAUUCCUCUCAAGACCCGGUCCCAAACCCGAACGCGAACCCGAAAUCGUCUCCGACCCCGGUCCACGCGGAGCUUACCAACUUCGGUUUCCCAAUAGGUCUCCUACCCAACUCCGUCUUGAGCUACACUCUUAACCAGACCUCCGGUGACUUCUCCGUCGACCUUGGCGACGCGUGCAAGAUCACGCUUCCCCCCGAUAACUACCUCGCUACGUACUCGAAGAAAGUCACCGGCAAGAUCGUGAAGGGUCGGAUCGCAGAGAUCGAUGGGAUAAGAGUCUGGGCUUUCUUCAAGUGGUGGUCGAUUACGGGGAUUCGUUCAAGCGGCGAUAACUUGGUCUUCGAGGUUGGGAUGGUAACUGCCAAGUACCCGACGAAGAACUUCGAUGCGAGCCCAGCUUGUGAGGGCCGGCACUCGUCUUCUUAAAAAAUAAAAAUAAAUUCGAAAGGUUGUUGGCCGGACUCAAAUCUGAACAGUUGUAUGUGCGUGCUGCUUUUACCGAUGAUCAUAUUCUGGAGUCUGGACUAAGUACCAGAUCAUGGAAGCCUAGCCUCUUAUCUUUCUGUGACCUUUUAAAAGAAUUACAUAUGCUAGAGUUGGAAGAUAUUUAUGACUUGUGAAUGACCAAGUGAAGCUCAGAAUCUCCAAGAGUGCUGGUCGCUGCUGCUGUUUAAACUAGGAACCCAUAAACUAGAAUCUCCAAGAGUCCAACAAGCACGCAUGUUGCUGUCAUAUUUUGAUUGCCACAUUUUGGUUCUGAUUUGUGCCUUUGAGUUUGCUUUGCCUUCAAGCUGUCUUCUUUUGCUUCAUAAAAGUUUAGGAGAAUCGUGUUUGUCCAAUGCUUUUUAAGUUUUUAGUAUUUAACAUUUUAUUGCAAUAAGGUAGGUUUAUCAUCUUUGUGGAAUAAUUAGCUAGUUGACUCAAUGAACGGUGAGCUUUUGAAGA